AUGUCCAGGGUUCUGACGGCGAGCCCAUUACCUCAGGGGUCGCUCCCUCCACCAGCCGUCUUGUCUCCGGUUCGUCAGAGGGCGAAACCUCCCUCCACGCAAGCCGACUUAAUACAAUUCUCAGCGGUACCAGACUCUAACCCGCUUAUGCAACACUCUCCUGUCUCCUCUUCUACGCCCGCUCGCCCUCCUCCUUUUGGGGGGGGACCUCGGCUAGAACGAGAGGACACGCACGACAACCCAUCUGACGACGAAGACCUGGGCGUCUCUCUCUUUACCAAGGAUUGGAGCGCGAUUGAACCGGCCGUUCUCGGAUUGGUCCCAGUCGACACUCCACCAUCCCUGCGUCAACUUAUUACUCUCCUUGUUGGGCACUCGGCUAGUUCUGAGAAGCGUAUCAAGGCACUCGAGGAUCAAGUACAAUCCCUUCGUACUUCCUCCAACUCCUCUCUUCUACGGGCUCAAUUGCGAGACCUGGAAGGGUUCAAAUCUCCCGUGGAUGUCAUUGAGAAUUCCCUUGGCAAGGAUUUCAGGACUCCCAUGGAAUCACCUAUUCUCCCGCGGCUUACGAUGGUUGAGAACGUCUGCAAUACUAUUCCUAAGUCGUCCACUUAUACUGCGAUGGGCCAGAAGAUAGCGGAUCUUGGCUCUGCUAUGGAGAAGGUCAAGGAGUCCGUCUCUCCAGCCUCCAUCUCCAAGCUUGUCGAAGAUUCCGCUAUCUCUGCUCUGUUGCCUUCAGGCCCACUCUCCUCGGCGGUAGAGAAGUUGGUUUCGGAUGCUACCACUGGGUUGGUCUCUAGAACGGAUUUGGGUGCUCUUUUCGAUGAGAGAAUCCUGCCGUUGAGGGACUCGAUCCAAGCGGAAGCACUUCAGUCUAGUACCCAAAGGGGGAUUCUAGACAACCUCGUGUAA